UUCACAUGUUUACUUAAUUUUUGCUUUCUUUUAUGCCUAUUUCAUAAAAGUUUCAAUAGCUACCAGCACGGGUCAAUCAGCAAUUAGACAGACAAGAGGGCCUGGUCGUCCUUUUGCCAGAUGGGGCACGGGACAAAAGUUAAUGGUUACAUUAAAUGAAGAGAAUCAACCUAUUGGCGAUGAAGCUGCAAAAUUACAAAGUCAGUUAGGCAUUCUAGCCCGGAAUGGGAAUUUUGCACCAUUAACUUUCAAUGAUUGGAGAGCUCCACAGUUAAACCCCUAUAAAGAACGUAUAUGGCAGGAAGUUAAGGACAACACUGAUGCACCAGAUAUUUUCAAACAUAAUUGCUUGAUGUCAGUUGGAAAGAAAUGGAAAGACUGGAAAGACCAACUGAAAAGAAAGCACUUCAACAAGUACAAAACUAAUGAAGAACGCUUAGCAAAUUGUCCCGAUAGGGUGGAUCCUAGUCAGUGGAAGAUUCUCGUUCAAUUUUGGAAUAGUCUAGAGGCACAGGAACGCAGUACAACCAACAGUGACAAUCGAAAAAAAUUGACAAUGUCCCAUACAAGUGGGAGAAAGGCCCAUUGUCGGGUAAAGGAUGAGGUAAAUGAUAGGUUAACAAUUUUUUCUCAAUAUGCAUUGUAUUUGGUAAAGUUGUAAUAUGUAUUUAUUGUUCCUAAUAAUGAAGAUGUAUAAGAGAGAUAAGGUGCAACCAGAUCGGAUAAUGGUCUACAUAGAGACACACACAAAGAAGAAUGGAGAUCCAGUUGAUGAGGCAUCAG